CAUGGAGCAAGACGAGACUGGAAAUACAAGGACCAAACAAGUUAAAUAGCAAUAUUUUAAGGAUUUUUCUAUCAGCUGGAAUUUUUUAUCUUAUGAGGAGUUACACAUACGAUCAUUUGACAGUCAUUGGAAGUCACAACAAGUGAAAUGGAUUCUGUGUACUUCUGUGGAUCAAGAAGCAGCCAAGGCCUCUUUCCAUUGUCACAGUUCAACUCUUUAUUUUUUGACGUUCACCAGCAGAUGGCACAGCAGUAUCAGGUUCAUUCAGCAGGCAGUCCAUCAUCCAUCCAAACUUUUACAGUAGCAGAGCGCCUGGCAGAGCUCAUUCUUGAGGCACGAUAUGGGAACCAUCAGAAACAGCGCCGCAGUCGCACAGCCUUCAGUGUGUCGCAGUUGCAAGCCCUUGAAAAGGCCUUUCAACAAACACAGUAUCCAGAUGUGGGCAUGAGAGAGAGGCUGGCAGUCUGUAUCAACCUCCCAGAGGCUCGAAUUCAGGUGUGGUUUAAAAACCGUCGUGCCAAGUUUCGAAAAGGUCAACGCUUCAGUCCUCUUCUCAAAGAGGAAAGCCUUGUGCAUCGCUGUUCAAGUAAGCAAAGAAAACAAGAGGCGAAGGAUCACGAGAAAGACUCAAAAUCUCAAAGCUCGAUCAGAGACGACAAAGUCAAACCUACAAUUUUAUCCUCAAUGGACACUAUUCAUGUUCAGCCCCAACCCAGUCUAAACUCCUCUGCUGUUUUUCCAUUCGUUACUGGACAACACUACCAACAACCAGUGCAUAAUGCACUUGGCCUUUUGUCUGCUGGCCUUCCUUUUCCUCCCAACUAUUUACCCAUAAUGCAGCAUCAGCACAGCAUGGCUGCCAAUCUGGUGUCAAUGGGAAAAUGUAGCAAUCUCAUUCCUCAAUCUGUUUGUCAUUCUAAAUCUAUGGUGCACCACCACCUGGACAUGUAGCAGUAGCAUGAACCAAAAGACCCCAUUGAGUCAGUUCUUCACGUAAACAGGGUAACAGGUGUCCCAGUGUUCCUCCCCCAACUUCCACACAAUUUUGGGGGAAAAGUUUGGAAUUGGAUAUUUUUCUUUAGCUUUUUUAAAUGAUUUUGUUGCACACAUAUUUUGAGCACUUUGUAGAUUUUUUUGAACAUUCAUCUUAUAGUUAGUUUGAGUAUUUAAAUAUUUGUAAACAUAACCACCCAAAUUGGUUUUGACGCAGUUCAAUAUCCUGGAAAUGGGUAAUGAUAUGAUUUAUUCUUUGUAGACCUUCAUUGUGUGACCUUGCGAUUGCCCAUGAAUUUGAGGUUUUCAUGACUUUUAAUGCAAAUAAUUUUAUUACAUAAUCAUUCAGAAAGAAUAGCGUAUUAAAUAAAGUCGUAUGAUCAUAAUCCUUUUUAAUUUUUAUGCAAAAUCAUAAACCAUUCACUGUCAUUGAAGAAUGCUGUAACAUGGAUUUG